CAAAUUUAACAGAAUCCACCUUAAAAUCUCUGCCUUUACUCAUGCUCACCUUCCGCCACACUGAGCGAGCAUUAGCCGGAAGAAAAAAAACGAAGAAAACUUGGAGUUAAUAGGGUAAUAUCGCCUUGGAGAGAAGGACACUUCGAGAGAUCCAUUUGGAAUUGAGGGACGAGGAGGGGGGCGACUAAGUGCUCUCAAAGCAGAAAAUUUGAUGAUGACCAUGACUACGAUGGCUGACGGGCUGGAAGCUCAGGACUCGUCCAAGUCUGCUUUCAUGGAGUUUGGUCAACAGUCGCACUCACAACAGAGUUCCCCGUCAAUGGCUGCCAGCCACUAUCCGCUCCACUGUCUUCACUCCGGGUCCCACGCUCAUCACCAACACGAAAACUCGCCGUACUCCGCCACGAAUUCGUACAACAGGUCCAUACCGUACUCGUACGUGAGCCAUGCCCAUCACAGCCCAUACCUUCCGUCGUACCACAGUAACAGCACCGGCGGUCAAACAAGGUUAGAUGCCACAGAACAGCAGAAAACAACAGUGAUCGAAAAUGGAGAAAUCCGAUUCAACGGGAAGGGCAAAAAAAUCCGAAAACCCCGGACCAUUUAUUCCAGCCUUCAACUCCAAGCGUUAAAUCACCGUUUCCAGCAAACACAGUAUCUUGCACUACCGGAGAGGGCUGAGCUGGCAGCUUCGCUUGGUUUAACACAAACGCAGGUAAAAAUCUGGUUUCAGAACAAGAGAUCGAAAUUCAAGAAGCUUUUAAAACAAGGAGGCAACCCGCAUGAGAGUGACCCACUGCCCGGGUCCAUCGCCCUUUCUCCGCGCUCUCCUGCAAUCCCCCCAAUAUGGGACGUCUCAGCCUCGACAAAAGGAGUGAACAUGACGCCCAAUAGCUACAUGCCCGGCUACUCUCCCUGGUACUCGUCACCGCAUCAAGAAUCAAUGCAGAGAUAGGCUGCCAGUAUCGACUAGGCCCAAGGCCUCCCCGAAGAUCUUGUAAUUCUAAUCUACCUGCACAAUGACAUCCUCAAGCCUCAAGAGAAAGACUCCGUUCACCUGAAGGAGUGAUUACAACAUAUACUGAAGGAUGACAGAAGACUGUCCUUUUCGAUAAAGGUCGAGGGGCAAAGGAACUAACCAUUUGCAUCGCUUUUGCAUUUGCUGUUCAGUGGGAUUGCAUCUAAUAUGCUUUAUUUCCUGUCAUAAAGAGACAUUUUCAGAAACCAAAUAUACCACCAAAUACCAUGUUUUUGGAACAGGACUUAAUACAGGUUACACUACGUCAUCAGUCUGAACUGAAAAUGAAUGAACUCAAACUGCUGUCUUUGCGUCACUAAUGGUUGUUUUUUGUAAAAUGCAAAAGAAAGCAAUCUGUGUAUAUAUUGUCUGACUUUUGUUGUACAUAUACUUUUUAUGUUUUGUCUUUCGUAAAUGGAGUAAACCAUGGCUUCAAAUAAUG